AGAAGAAGAAAAGAAAAAGAAAAAAGAGAAGAGAUGGAAAGGAAGUUCGGCCAAGAAGGGGAGAGAGAAGAGUACAGAGCGAUGGUGGUGGCUGAAACAGGGGUCACCGGCCGGCAAAUUCCGGUGAUCGGAAAGCAAAGGGAGAUUGAGCAAAUGGGAGAUACUCUCACCUAGUCUCUCAUCUCUCAGUCACUCUCAAACUCUCUGCCCUUAAUUUCUCCAGUGUUGAGACUAAACCAGAAUCAUGGCAGUGGGAGAAGUCUUUCUGGGUGCAUUCCUCCAGGUGUUUUUCGACAGAUUGGCGGAUCGUAGGUUGCUGUCCUUUCUACGUGAAUCUGGGAUAGAUAUAGUGAUAAAGCAGUGGAAGAAAAAGUUAUCGAUGAUUCAAGCGGUACUUAACGACGCAGAAGAGAAGCAACUAACCAACAAGGCAGUGAAAAUGUGGUUGGAUGAUCUGCAAGACUUGGCUUAUUAUGUAGAAGAUAUUCUGGAUGAAUAUGCCACUCAACUUGCAGAGCGCAAAUUGAUGACUACAGACCACCCCACGAACAGCUUUACUGAUUAUUUCUCUUCUUUGAUGUCCAACCGUCACAUGAAGUCGCAGAUAGAAGAGAUAACUGACCGUUUGGAAGAUCUGUGUGAUCAAAGAGAUUGUCUUGGGUUGAAAGAGAUUGCUGGAGGGACAUCAACUGCUACACCACAAAGACUACCUACUACAUCCUUGCAACUUGAACCUGCUGUUAUUGGUAGAGAUGAUGAUAAAGCCAAACUACUUGAAAUGAUGUUGAGGGAUAAACCAAGUGAUGCCAACUUUCAUGUAAUACCCAUUGUUGGAAUGGGAGGAAUUGGCAAAACAACACUUGCUCGCGAAGUGUUCAAUGACCAGGCAGCGAAAGAUUUUGACCCAAAAGUAUGGGUUUGUGUUUCGGAUAAUGAUCAUUUUGAUGUUCAAAAGAUCUACAAGGCAAUUUUGGAGGAGAUAACUUCCAAGUCUUGUGAUGUGGAGACUUUUAACCAACUUCAAGUUAAACUGAGAUCUCAAGUUGUCGGCAAAAAAUUCUUACUUGUCCUGGAUGAUCUCUGGAAUGAGGAUUAUGGUAACUGGGAAAUCCUAAAAUCUCCCUUCAUGGCAGGAGCAUCAGGGAGUAGGAUAAUUGUUACAACACGCAACCUCAAUGUCGUAUCAACAAUGACUGGAUCCAUUGAAAGUCAUAAUGUACAGCUCUUAUCAGAAGAAGACUGUUGGUCCGUGUUCGCCAAACAUGCAUUCGAGAACAGAGAUAUUGCCAAAUUUACAAAUUUGGAAUAUAUUCGUCUAAAAGUUGCCUCAAAGUGCAAUGGCUUGCCCUUGGCUGCUAGGACUCUUGGUGGCCUUCUACGUUGUGAGCAAAGAGAAAGUAAAUGGAAUGAUAUUUUAGACAGUAAAAUAUGGGAAGAUAUAUUGAACUCAAGUCAGCAUGGUGAGAUUCCGAAGGUGUUAAAAUUAAGCUAUCACCGUCUUCCUUCCCAUCUAAAAAGAUGUUUUGCAUAUUGUGCUACUUUUCCGAAGAAUUAUCAAUUCAACAAGAAGGACCUCGUCCUUUUUUGGAUGGCAGAAGGUCUAAUUCAAGAGUCAAAAUACAAUAAGGAAUUAGAAGAUAUAGGUGGUGAAUAUUUUCAAGAUCUAUUGUCAAGAUCACUUUUUCAGAAAUCAAGCAAUACGUCUACAUAUGUAAUACAUAAUCUUAUUAGUGAUCUGGCAAAACAGGCUUUUGGAGAUACAAGUUUUAGAUUGGAGGAUGAAUUGAGGACCAACAACCAAUCAGAAGCAUUAAAAAAGAUUCGCCACUUGUCAAUUCGCCACUUGUCUACAAAAUUUGAAGCACUCCACGAAGCUGUGAACUUUAGGACAAUGUUGGAAGUCAAUUGUGUUGCAUCUGAUAUAGAUUUUCCUAACUUUUUGCCAAAAUUCAAAAAAUUGAGGGUGCUGUCUGUAAUGAGUGAUCCUGAUAUGUUUCCAAUGAGUGUUCCAGUCAUUAGUUUACCUGACACAAUUGGAGAUAUGAAACAUUUGAGGUACCUCAACCUUUCAAACAUCAAGAUUACAAGCCUACCUGAGUCAACAAAUUCAUUAAUCAACUUAGAGGUUUUGCAACUAAGACGGUGUAUGUUAAUUGAGAAAUUACCUCCUAUGGGAAAUUUGAUCAAUCUACACCAUCUUAAUAUCCAAGGAGUAAAUUUAAUAGAGAUGCCGUUGGGAAUGGAAAAUUGGAAGAAUCUUCGAACAUUAUCUAAUUUUGUUGUGGGCAAAGAUAUUAGAUCUGGUUUGGAUGUUUUAAAAAACUUCUAA